UUUGACGCUCACGAGAAGCCGCUUUUCACAUGUAGCUAAAACAAAUUUAAUAGUCGCCCAGCUUUUAAAUUAAACAUAUAAUAUCAGAAUGGUAAACUUUGAUACGUUAUUAGUCAAAUUUUCUUGCGAUCUGGUCACCACUCAGUUGAUUUGUGUUCUCAAAUUUGCUAAAAAUAGCACACACCAAACUUGUCAGGUGAGCUAUCAUUAGCUACCGGCCGGCUAACUUCCGGCACGGAACAAAAUAGUAACGGCGCAUCACAAAAUGGCAGAGGCGGUGGUUAACGUAGCCCGGAGGAUCAACGCAACCGUCGAGGAGGGACGAGAUCACCUGGACCUGUCCAACAGCAAGCUCAUCUCAUUCCCAGACGGCGUUUUCAAGGUUCUCAGCAGCGUGUCGGAGAACAUCCGAGUCAUCACCCUGGCCGAUAAUGAGAUGAAGGCCAUUAGCAGCAAAUUCUUUUCCACCUUCACUCAACUGAGAGAGCUGGACCUGCACGGAAACGUUCUCAGCAAACUGCCCGACUCAGUGGAGGAAAUGCGGCACUUGACCAGCAUCAACUUGGCCAACAACAAUUUCUCGGCGUUUCCCGAGAAGCUCACGCAAAUCGCCACGCUGCAGAGGAUCAACCUAGAGGGGAACAACAUCUCUGAAAUCCCCAUGGAGAAGUUGUUGGCCAUGCCGUCACUGGAGUGGCUCAACGUGCAGUCCAACCCUCUGGAUGCAAACACUCAAGCUGCUCUCAGGUCUCCGCACAAGUUUGACAUUUUAGCGCAAAGGGAGUCGUGAACGACGUCGUCACGUAUGUGCUGCAUAGCGUGCGCCUUAAAAAAAAAAAAAAAAAAAAACUCCCUUCGAUCCUUUAGUUUGCUUGGAAAUGAGGAGCCUCUGUACUUGAAGAUUGAACCCAGUGCCAAUAUAAAACCACAUUGACCUCCAUUUGA